GUACUCUCUUCCACCAGUAUCUGCCACCAGUAAAUCCUGUAAGAGAAAAAUACCCAUGCCGCUUUUGGUGCCUCUGCCAUCACCGUUGCCACUUCAAUGGGGUAGAGGUGAGUUGCCCCCACCUCCUAAGCUUCCGUGCAUAGCUGUUGACAAAGAUCUGGACACAGUGAAGAAUACCGAGGAUCAGAGUAAGAAGAUCUUGGAGGACACAACAGACAUCCUGGCACACUGCUCUGCCACUCCACCUGCUCCUUGCUCCUCCCUACUUGCCUCAGGGACUGCUGACUCCCUGCCCCUGGCCACUGAGACUUUGCAGGUCCCUGUUCCUGCCGCCGCCUUGGCUGACCUAUCUGCCAGGCCCCCGAUCCCAUCUGGCCCUCCAUCUUCGCCAACAGAAAACAACGAUCAGGAUGCAGGAUCUAGUGGAGACUGUCUUCAUCCAGUCAGUGCUGUAACACCUCUAUCUGACAGCACAGCCCCCACGGCUAACACUUCAACCUUCUCAUUACAGCCACCGUCCUGCAAAGGAGAAUCCCCAACCCCUAUGUGUGUGGAUUCUCCCCCUCUUCUCCUACCCACCCCUCUUCCAAAUGGGCAGCAGCCUGGCAAUUCCUACCUGUUGGGAAAACCAGUAGCCCCAACACAAGCUAUAAGCCCAAAGGCUACUGUAGCCAAGCUACCCAAAAUCAGCAUAAUGCAAUCAGGUCUUGCAGGCUCUGCAUUUGGCACUGCUGUCAACAACCAGAAGGCCUUUGGAAACAAGGCAGGUAUUCUCCACAUUGGCGUACCUACCACGACUGGCUGUGCAGUUGCCACUGGGAUGCCCAGUGCUNCACCUACCACUACUGGCUGUGCAGUUGCCACUGGUAUGCCCAGUGCUGGGGACAGUAGCUCACUGCUUAAAGUCACUACUCUGGGCCAGAACGUGUUUACAGGACCUGCAGCCCCCAUGGUCAGUGGCAACCAUGGGGUUGGUGUAUCCAUCCAAGGCCCUUCUCAUUCACAGGCAGCUAGGGCAUACAACUUUGGGGCAGGACAGAAGGGGGCACCCACCACCACUGCCACACCUGCCUUUGCUCAGAUAACCUGCGCUCCAUCUCACAACAACAUGGUUGCUGCUGUCGGAGGGCCAAGCACUGUCCCCGUAUUUCAACACACAUCCAGCUCCACUUUGAAUCCAGGCACAUGGGGCCAAGCCAUCCAAAACAUGGGUGGUGUGCUCGUAGCAAAGGAUAACACUGGUCCCACCACUGGAGGACCUAGUGUGCCCACUACCCAUAAGUGUAUCCAGGGCUCAUCCAAAGACAGUAAACCUGCUGCAGGCAGAAGUGCCACUGCCAUGGAAAAGAAACACAUGUCAAAAGAUGU